AUGCCGUUCUUCCAUCGCGUGCACGAAGUGGAUGCAUACAUGCGGGACAUGGAGUUUCAAGAUUGUUCGUAUUGCAAAGAAGGGUGGUUCGGCAUUGCGACAGGGCGAGGCAAAAGUCGCCUACCGGGUGGCUUUGAGGGCCAAGCUUUCCAAAAAACAAACUUCUGCCGAGCUCCUGAAAAAGAUUGGCUGGAACCUAGCCGGCCCAUCUGUGAGAAUUGCUUGCAUGAAGCCAAAGAGCGUGCCAAGGCGCAGCUGCCGAAGGAACCUUUUCGGUUGACGGCGGCAAAUCAUGCAGACCCAGGAGACAGCUUGCCAGAGACGGACGCAUUGGCUUUUUUCGAGGAAGAAAUUUUGCCCCCGAUCCGACACCUUGUUCGUAUUUUUACUUUGUAUGGUACAGGUCAAUGCGAGCUGCGGGGACAUGUGGGUAACUUGUUUCAAAAUGGUCCUCAGUUCGUCCGAGACAUUCCGGCAGCAGUUGGUGAUAUGAAGAUGUUGCUGAUCAGGGGGUGCAACAAGGAUCCACAUAGGAAGCAGCGGGUGCCUUUCCUGGUCUCGCGGUUUCGCUUGGAACGUGCUUUGGAUCGUCUGCGCCGUCCAGUUGACGAAGGCGGUUCUGUGGCUCUCCGUCCAGGAGGUUUGACACCCGAAGGGUAUCUUGGUUUUGUCAAGCGAGAAAAUUUGGAGCAAUUUGCGAACACAGAAGAGGGUGCGGAACCCUUUGGUUUGGAAGUGCAGGAGGUGGCGGCGCAGGUGCAUGCGCUGCACGAGCCUGCCGAGAGCGACAGUGAUGCGGAUCGUGUGGAGAAGACUUGGGACAGCCGGAGGAAGAAGUUGGAAGAGUUGUCUUUUGCAGAAU